AUGUUGUUGGACUACUGCUGCCGAUGUUGUGGAUUCACGCUCAUCAAGCGCCAUGGGGCCGCCUCGCUCAAGACCGCGCCCAGUGACACUUGGGUGGUUCUGCAGAACCUGCUGAUGUGCAUGGUCUGCUUCUACUCGCUCUACUACAUGGUGGUUAGCAUUUGCAUCGGCCUACUUAGGGUUCAUGAAAUCAACAGUCUUCUGGCACCGUUCGACUACACCACACAACCGUCAUGGCAGAACCCAAAAUAUCUGGUGGGCGUCAUCUCCACAGAAGUCACAUACGUUCUGGGAGGACUGGUGUUCGCCUGGAUAGUGGAGGAGUGGGUUUGGGACUACGCCAUUACUGUUACGCUGCUACACGUGGCCAUGACUGUAGCAGUAAUGUCAGAUUUCCCCUCAACCGAACAUUGGUGGAUCGCACUGGGUUCAGGCCUGGUGAUGAUGAUAUUUGGAGGACAGGUGCUAGCCUAUAAACUUUUCAGGAGUAACUUUGUUUCACCGGCCGAACUGCAGAACUUCUGA